AUGGCUCCCUCCACGUCGUCUGAAGGCAUGAAUGGUGAUGUGGUGCCGAUGGCGACAACGCCAGCGAUGCCUACACCGGCUGCGAACGGCGGCGCUCACUACAUCUAUUCCCGCAGAUUCAGAGAAACGCCAAGUGAAACGUUCCCACCACCACCGACGGAAUACUGUGAGACACUCAACGAACACACGGGUGUUGUCGAAAGCAGUUCCAUUAUACAACCGUGCUCCUCCCGUGAACAAGACGACACCGAUAUAGAAGACGAGAUUGUGAAUACGUUCCGGAAGAAAUCGUUUAUUGUGCCGAGUAAGAGCCAAGUACUCUUCUACCUGUCCACCUCGCGACAUCUUCGGAUACAUCACACUGGCUGUGAACUCCAAGUCACAGACUCUGCCGACUUUCCACUGUUCGACAUAUGGGUCGAAUCAUCCUGUUGCGGCCGGCCUGUGUGGGUGAUGGAGUCGUACGGUCGCCGUGUACUGGUUCUGUCCGAGUUGAGCAGAAGAGGUCUGACGUCAUUCCUUCCCCUAAUAUCACUCUUUCGAAAAAGGGCCAGACAUGCCGUCCAGAGUGUGAUUGACUGGAAUGGCGACCUCAUAGGAUAUUUCUUACCUGGUGAUCCGUUUUUGAUACAGGACAACAGUCGUGGUCUAAUCGGUAGAUGCGUUCGGAUGGAUCAAGAAAACGGGUCAUGUUGGCAGUGUUUCCUCGAAGGCACCGAUCGGGAAGUGGCACGACUAGAGCGUGGUCAUUUGCGAUUUGUACCCGACGUUUCGUUCCAGUUGAAGCUACUUGUUCUGGCUGCCAUGACCAGAGUCAUUGGACAACCACGUGUACAAACUAACUGCUUUCCAUUUCUAAGAUACUGA